UUGGUUACUCGGCUUUCUGUCUGUCAACUCGCGACAAGAGACGAGAGCAGGUCGUCCAACAUGUUUAUGUUUACUUUCCAGGUUUGAGUUUCUACUCCACCAAACGAACGCCAUCUGCCGUCUAUUACAACCAAAGAGUAUUAACUACCGCCUUGGAUGCAUAAAGAUGACUUUGGAGUAGCUUUUCUUUGACUAGCAUUGAAAUAAGAUCUGAAACUGUCAGUGUUGUAGUCUUCGUGGUACCAACAACCAGAGACGGGAAAUGGCAGAAGGAUUUGAUUUGAGGCAGAAUUAUAACUUCUCUGACUCCGAGAGCGAAGGGGAGGACGAUAGAUUGAGGAGAGAAGUACGUGAAAGGCUUUUUGUGUUUGGUCUUGAAAGCGAUAUCAUUUCAAAUGGGAAAGAUUCGCUCGAAGAUGGGUCGCACUCAAGUCAGUUUACUUCGUCUACACAACUCAGGGACAACAACAACGAAACUGAAGUUGAUGGCGAACCAGCAAAUACUCAUGAAUCAUCUGAUCAGUCGCUAAGUUGUCCUACCUUAUCUGAGGACACCAGGUCGAGAAGAAGAUCUAGGACUUUCUCGUUUAGCCGUUUGGUUCGAAGAUUGCAUCGUAGCCGAAGGAGAACGGACGACGCUUAUCGAGAGAUUGAAAUAGCUGCAGACGGAAGAGGAAGAAUGAGAACACCUGGUUGUGAAACGCUUUACGACUCAUCUACACAACAAAACGAAACUGCUUUUGAAGGCAKCAAUGACCGAUCAAUACGACAACGGCCUCAGAGCGUUGUAUUCCGCCAUAGAACUGACUCAAACGACAGAACAAGCAGGAGAAGACCCCAUUCAUUAAUCGAAAGGGCGCGCAAAUUUUUCGAUUCUAAUUCAACUCCUACAGCUUUAGAUGAUAUAGAAAAUGGUCCAGAAUCCCUGCAGAGACAGGAAAAUGGAGACUCUACCGAACAUCGAAACUCUGUAGCGGAUCCUGACGCUCCGAUAAGAUUCCCUAUAGGUGUGAACGAACUGGUGGCAAUUAGAAGAGAGAGGGCUCGAUUAAGGGCCGAACAAACUAGGAUUGAAUAUCACAUUAUUCCUGAUAUCCUCAAAAUUACAAAUUGUCCUUGGUAUUGGGGGAAAAUAAAUCGUUUUGAAGCCGAAAAGGUUCUUGAAGGACAGGCUGACGGGACAUUUCUCCUUAGAGAUAGCGCACAGUAUCAUUAUUUAUUUUCGGUCAGCUUCCGAAGAUAUUAUCGCACAUAUCAUGCUCGGAUCGAGCAGUGGAAACACAAGUAUAGUUUUGAUAAGCCAAGUGACUUUUCUUUUUGUUCCAAGAGUGUUUGUGAUCUCUUAGAGCACUAUUCCCAAGCGGAACAGUGCAUGUACUAUGAACCGUUACUAUUACAUCCCUUCCCACGCAAGUCUGCAAUGCCUUUGCAACACCUAUGCCGAGCAGUUAUCUGUAAUCAGACCACAUUUCAACGCAUUGAAGAGUUACCAUUGCCCAAGUCUCUCAAGCUAUACCUUAGAGAGUAUCAUUACAAAGUUGCUGUAAAAAAGAUGGAAGAUAAAGGUACACAGACCAUCCCUUCUAGGAAAAUGUUUGGAAUUAAACGAAACUAAUAGACAAAGAUGAAACAAGCUUAAAGGAAUUAGAACUAAUUUGAAUUACCAGAUGGAAACAGCUUGAAAGCCAUUGAAACCUUUCCUUUGAAUCAUCGUAGCAUUAAAAGCAAGAAGAAAUUUAAUAUUACUAAUACUACUAUUAGUCAAUGAUGUUUUGCACUUUAUCUCAGCACCAGUUAAUUAAUAAUUAAUAAAACUAAGUUUUAUUUGAAUCUAGCCUGCGUAGCGGCCCAAAUUGGGGGGAAGGGGGAGGGGGGAAGACCCAAAAAUGUGCCGCUAUGCAGGUAGUUUCAAUGUUGCAUUGACAAAUUUGAACUCUUUUGAGUUUUUCCAGUUUGAUAUCUCAGUAUGGCUGGCUGUGUCAUGUUUUUGAUAUGUCUCAUGUUUUUAGGGGAUUUCAGUAGAUGUUCAAAUCGU